ACCCAAUGGUGUAUAAUCCUAUUUUUUGGCAUUGCCUAGUUGCUGUGGUUUCUGCUUUGGAUUUUGGGCACGGUUGCUUAAGUUCCUUUCCUAACCAACAGCAAGAUGAUUAACCAACAAGUUGGUUGGGUUUACAAAACGGAAAAUUCUUCACAACUGUAGAUGAGCUGGAUAGUAAAAGUGAAUGGAGUUAAACCGUUUGUAAAGGGCUAGUGAAAGGAUCAGUGUGAUUUCUUUAUUCUGUUGAUGUGAGGUGGAGAGUGAUUCAGUUCAUUGUUUACACAGCAAAUGCAGUGUUAAUUAUUAAUAAGAGACUUCCCCUCCAGGGGACUCUUCAGCUAUUUGGUGCACUUACGGUCAGAGAGAAUAGGAGCAAAUGCACUAAAUGUCUGGAUUGUAGUUCUUGCACAAGUCAUCAGUGCCCUCGAAAGUACUUUAUGCCCUGGACAUGGCUUUCAUUGUUGUGGCGAUGUCUUUAACAGAAAUGAGUCUUCCAUCCAUUAAGAUCAGUAGGCCUACUUAUAGCCCCAUUUCAGUUGGAGACGGUUUUGUCGUAGACCCAUUAUAUUCCAUGGCAACAGUGUAAGCUCUAUCUUCCCACCUCCUCUACACCCCCUGCUCCCCACGGAAGAACAAGAGAAUCUGGAUUUCCUCUCCACAUUGUCCCCGUUUCUGUGAUUCGCUCUGUUAGUGAGUCAGGAUGGGCUAAAAACAUUUGCUAGCACCUGCGCACCAUACAUCUGGACCCUCCACAGUCUUGCCUGUGCACAGGUGUUGAGUCUCGACACCAUGCAGGGACCUCGGAGGAAGAUGAAGGUCAUGGUGAUGAUGACAAUGGUGUUCAUCUUCAUAGUGGUGGAGGUCUCUCGCAAUGCUGGGAAGGGUGACAGGAACAAAAAUAAGCAGCUGGUUCCCACGAAGCGUUUCUGGGCUAAAGAUCUUCCCAGUGACGCCUACUGGAAUCGCCUGCAGCAACAGCUGAACUACAUCAACAACCGCAACCUAGAAAAGCUCAACUUCACAACUGAUAAGCUUCCAGACUGGCUAAACGAUACAGUCAGGCUGGACUCCUGUGAGCCAGACUUCAGGGUAACCACCCAAGUCAAGGAUUACAACUCGCUUCCGGAUCGCUUCAAGGACUUCCUGCUGUCUAUGCGCUGCAGGUCCUAUCCCAUCGUGGUGGACCAACAAAACAUGUGCAAAGACCCACCUUUCCUCCUCCUAGGUAUUAAAUCUUUAGUCCCACACUUUGAUCGACGACAGGCCAUCCGCGAGUCGUGGGGCAAAGCUGGUCGCCUUGCAAACAAAACAGUUGUUACGGUGUUUCUUCUUGGAAAAGCAGCCUCGGAGGACCACUUCCCAGAUCUCUCAAAGAUGCUCCACCAUGAGAGCUCCAUACAUAAAGAUAUUCUUCAAUGGGACUAUAGGGACACCUUCUUCAACCUCACCAUCAAGGAAGUGCUUUUCCUGGAAUGGCUGAGCACCCGCUGUCCUGGAGUCAGUUACAUUUUCAAGGGCGAUGACGAUGUUUUUGUUAACACCGUCCGCAUUAUAGACUUCCUAAGCAAUCUUUCUCAUGCCAAAGCCAAGGAACUGUUUGUAGGAGAUGUGAUCACCAACGCUGGUCCACAUAGAGACAAAAAGGUUAAGUAUUUUAUCCCGGAAAGCGUGUUUGUUGGAUCGUACCCUGCCUAUGCGGGUGGGGGCGGUUAUUUGUUCUCGGGACAGCUGGUCCAGAAACUUCAUAACAUCUCAAGGUUGGUGCCCCUCUACCCCAUUGAUGAUGUAUACACAGGUAUGUGCCUUAAGAAACUGGGCCUUGCACCUAAGAAGCACAAAGGCUUCAAAACCUUUGAUAUCGAGGAAAAAUAUCGCAAUAAUGCCUGUGCCUAUAACAGCCUGAUGCUGGUCCAUCCCAGAAGUCCUCAACAUAUGAUUAAAAUCUGGGCCUGGCUGAAUGACCCAGCCUUGAACUGUAAGUGAACUCCUGAUCUAGGGUUUUGGCUGCUUUAAAGGGACAGUUCACCCAAAAACAUUAAUUCUGUCAUCAUUUACUCACCUCUAUGACAUUCCAAACCUGUAUGACUGACUUCCUAACCUUUUUUUUUUCUUCAUUUUUUGACCAGAAAAACACUGUGAUAUUUUUCAAUGAAAGUCAGUGGGAUCCAGUUUUUUUGACCCCACUAACUUUCAUUAUAUGGACAUAGGCAUUUUUCAGAAUGUAUUCUUCUGCGGUUUGGAACAACAAGAAAGUAAUUUUGGGUGAACUAUCCCUUUAACAUUUUACCGUUGUUCUAUUGUGAUUUUAUUUAGCAUCUUUAUGUACUUCAUUUCAUGUCAAAUGUCAGAAGCAAUGAUGAGCUCUUUAGAUGUGGCUCCGAUAUGCUACCCACAUAGUAUUGCAAUUGCUUGACUUUUUGUGUCAAGAAAUUCUGCUGAUAAUGUUACAAGUAUUUAUACAGUGCUCUCUGGUUGUGAGAUCAGCAGUGCUGAGGAUUGUGGGGAAUGUAGUUCAGCUGGCCUGGACAUUGCACUGACAAUACACUGCACGCCUAGGCAAAUAACUGUUGAUCAUUUUGAUAAUUUUUUUGUUCUAUUGGAGAAUUCUGUUGCAUUAUGCUAAAAUGAACAGACAUGUUUGAACCUUUGAAUCUUUUUGAAGCAUCUAUAUGCAGCCAUUACAAGCCUAAUCCAUACUUGCUGUUUUAGUGCUCUGUAAUGUGUAGGAACAUAUUGCCUUCCGUGUGGAGUUGGCUCAUUUUAGAGCCCUAUUUGUGGGGACAGUGGUUUUGGAUAACAACUAAAUAUAGGUUGCCUACCCAAACCUCUACAUACAUGCUUUUGACUUCAUGCAUCACUGUCUCUCUUCCUUCUAGCUUAUUUUUUCUUUUUCAGGAGUGGACAAUCAGUUGCAAGUCAUAAUCUUAGUUUUGUAUUAAUAGAUUAGCCAAAACCAGGUCAUUGCUCCAAAGAAAUAUGUAAAAAGUACAAAAUCAUUAACUCCUUUUCUGAAAAACCAGACUAAAUGCUUGUUCCCCUCUCAGAUCUGAUUCUCAAUCUUUACAGGAUGUUGUUUUUUUUUUUUUUGUUUGUUUGUUUUGAGAGAGAGAGUUUUGGUCAAAAUAUCAAGCUUGUAAAUCAGUUAUGUGGUGUAAAGACAGUGAUAAAGUUCAAAGCAAAUGAAAGACCAUGGGGUUUCAUUUUUCAUUUUAAAUCCAGGGAUCCCACAGUUUACCUUCUUGACUAAAUGAAUGGAACUUUGUAGCCAGUUUUCCAGACCCAAAUUAAGCCUGUCUCUGUCGUCAUCAUGCUGUCCUUGCUUUUUCUCUCCUAUAAAGAGGCAGGCCAGAGCUGGAUGACUUAACUAAAUUUGACAAAACGGCCCAUGUUACACUGUUGCAGUGACCCCUGCUGGUCUGUAUAUGUUUUUUUCCUUCUCUCUAUUUUUUUCCUUUUCUUUUUUUAAAUAAACACUGGACCUUUAUUCAUAAUCUGCCUUCAGCUUGAUGGAAUAUAUAAAUCAUGUCUAUGGCCUGCCAGUCAACUAGUAAUGCAAAUAUGUUUUUCUGUUUUUUUUUUUUUUUGGUUAUGACUGUUUAUCAUCAACCGUGUCUCCUAUUUUUUUUUUUUUUUUUUUUUUUUGGUUAUGACUGUUUAUCAUCAACCGUGUCUCCUAUUUUUUUUUUUUUUUUUUUUUUUUUAAGACACUUAGGCCUAGUAAUUAUCACACCGUGUGCUGACUAUAUCCACUCUAUAAAUAUAAUCCAUUCGUUUUCGCCCUGUUUCAUUGGUUGUUUGCUGAAGAGCUAAAUCAAGCUUGUGUUAUGUAGUGUUUAUGUAGUGUCACAAUUUGUAGUGUUUAAUAUUAAGUUUUCCAAAAGCUAUGAGGAAUGAGGCCGUUUUAUAUUGACUCAAGCAAACCGUUUAACAGCCUGGUGUUGCGUUUGGUGAGAGAAACGAAGUGUUUACAUGAGCUCAUGAACAGUGCAAAAUGCUUGUAUUUAUAAACUACGAUUUUAUUCAUGACAAAGGUGGAUUAUGCAAGUUUUUAUACACUGGUAUUUAAUGCACUCCCAUGAGUUUCAAACUCUUUAGGCCGUUGUUGUUCAUGCAUCUGUGCAUAACAUUGCAGAAAAUGAACUCCUGUUCUUGCUUCAUGUUGUCCACAACUGUGAUGUUUAUGUAUCAGAAAUUAUUUUAAAAAGCAAUUUAGUUUAGUUUAAAAUAUUUUUUUUUUCUGUCAUAAGAUAUUCAAAUGUAUCCGAUGCCUUAAAUAUGGCAGUUGUGCAUGUAUGUAUAUUUAUGUGUAUUUAUGGUGAUGCAUGUGUGUGUACAUAUAGGCUGGGGAGUAUGAUUAUGAAAAUCCAGUUUUACAGAUUAAAUCAAUGCUGUCUUUUUAAAUGAAUCUAUUUGUAUUUUUGAAUUAUUACUCUGUCAUGUGUCUAUUUAGAAUUUCUGAAUCCUAAUAGCUUUCAGGUAUUUCACUUUUCUCCACAAAAAUAAUUUUAGAGCAGUCAAAUUACUUUUUGCCACACAUUUAUAUGCCUGCUUAUUAUUUUCUGGCAACGCCUCUUACCAAAAACAGUCAGCUACACAAACAUUAUUACCAAAAUGUGCCUGUUAAUAAUUCUGAUUGUUAAUCAUUGUCUGUCUGUCUUUUGCUGUUGAAUAUGCACAUUUAUGUUUGUCACGUUUACGCCUUUCUUUUUUUAUUCUUAUAAUAAAUGAAAUAAACUGAUGUUUUGUA